CGAGCGCUUCACUUCUGUCAAGUCAACAAAAAUGAGCAAAGCGGACGUGCUGAGCGGUUACCUGACGGAACGCCUCACGCAGCUGCUCCGCGACAUCGUGGACGUGGUGGAGGACGCGGUGAGCGAGUACCGGGAGGAAACGCUCCGGACGCGGCUGGAGAACGAGAGCCUGAGGCGGCAGCUCGGCGACUUCCUCAGGGCGCCUGACGAGCCUCAGGCCCGGCCGCGGCCUCCCGGCCAACAUCUUGUCGCUUGGGACCACCAGCGAGUCUGCGCCCCCAACCGCGUCAAAGCGCCCCCGGCCAGCACGUCCAAGCAGGCGGGGGCUAGCCCCCCCCCCCCGGACGACGCCCUUCCCAAAGGGCUUCUCGUUCUUCCCGCCCCGAGGCUCAGAGAGGAGCCGCCGGGCCCGCCUCCUCAUGUCGUCAAACGCGAACAGGAGGAGUCAAAGGUCACGCCCCGCAAAAACUGUGCCGAGUCACCCGCGGCCGACGUGCGCGUUCGCAUCUCGAAGGGCAACACUGACGUCGGGAUGACGGCGAGUGCCACGAGGGAGCGACAGGAAGUGGAACGAAACGGCCAGCUUGGAGAGGCGACGGCGGCGGGCGUCAUUGUGUACGAGUGUCCCCGCUGCGGCGAGGUCUUCGCUCAGGCCGCCCGGCUGCGCCUCCACCUGGAGCAGAAACCGAAGACGUACGCGUGCAACUGGUGCUGUAAAUCUUUCGCGCAGUCGGCCGACCUCCGACGCCACGUCCGCACGCACACGGGCGAGCGGCCGCACCGCUGCGCCUUCUGCGCCAAGAGCUUCAGCCAGAGAGGAAACCUGCGGCGGCACGUGCGCAUACACACGGGCGAGCGGCCGUACACGUGCGCCGUGUGUCGACGCACGUUCGGCGAUGGCGACACGCUCAAGAAACACGCGCGCACUCACGCGCGCCACAAAGCGCACGACAACCGUGCCGGCGCCGGCUGCUUUGGGGUUGGCACGUGAGUUUGCUGCUGUGCUGGCAAUGGCUCCCUGUCCCCUGUAUAGCGAGUCUGCAUUCUGUAGUGCUGUCGGAAUGUGUAGUGAGUACGGGUUGUCCAUCCCCAAGACGGCGCCUUCAAUGUCCCACAAUGCAUCUGGAAAAGUUGCCAACAAGCAACAGUCACUAGAAACAAAAUAUCUCAUGACAUGUUGCGCCGAUGACAAUACAAAUUGGCGAGGUGUGCUGUGUAAAGUCGAGCAACAAGUCACAAUGUGAAUGGGCAGAAAGUGCCACGUUUGCAUCGGUUUUGGAAAAUCCUCUAAGCAUUAAAAUCAAUUUGAGGUUAUCAUUGUGUAUUUCUUUAGGAAGCCAACGUUGAUCCGGUACGUUAAAAUGAUGCCACAUCAAUGGCGUCAUUAAAAGCGCCCGAGGAGGGUUCCAAAACUAGUUUUCACGGGACUGGCGAGGGCCCCAUGUAGUCCGUUAUUUUAAAGUCCCUGUGUAGUGAUGAGGCGGUCGGGAAUGACCAACGCAGCCGAUGUGUUCCAGAACAUUCCCUUCUAUGAAAUGGACGCCUAGAACAACACCAUCAUCAACAAGUUCAUUUCUUCUCUCUUCUCGCCACAACCGGGAAAGUCAUCUCCAGCCAGCGGUGACUUAAUUCCAAUCGAUUCGAUUCCACCCUCACCUGCACGCAGAUCACUUGUGGACCAAUCAAUGGCCUUUGGGAUGAUCAGUGACCUGCUCUAAAGAUGUCGUUUAUGUUAAAAGCAGUUUAGCUUUUUUCCUUUUUGGGAG